GAACCCGGGAGAGAGAGAAGCGAAAUGACAUUUCCUCUUUAAAUAGCUAAAGCCGGGGCCCCAUCGAGAAAUGGCCGCGUCGGCAGAUUUAAGUAAAUCUUCCCCAACACCGAAUGGGAUUCCAUCUUCAGAGACAGCCAGCGAUGCCAUGGACCCCUUCCAUGCGUGCAGUAUUCUUAAACAACUCAAAACAAUGUACGAUGAAGGACAGUUGACAGACAUUGUAGUGGAAGUGGAUCAAGGGAAAACAUUUUCCUGUCAUAGAAACGUUCUUGCUGCAAUCAGCCCCUACUUCAGAUCCAUGUUCACUAGUGGCCUUACAGAAAGUACUCAAAAAGAAGUUCGAAUAGUUGGUGUUGAAGCUGAAUCGAUGGACUUAGUGUUGAAUUAUGCCUAUACCUCCAGAGUUGUUCUGACAGAGGCCAAUGUUCAAGCCUUGUUCACUGCAGCUAGCAUCUUCCAGAUUCCUUCCAUCCAAGACCAGUGUGCUAAAUAUAUGAUCAGUCAUUUGGAACCACAGAAUUCUAUUGGUGUCUUCAUAUUUGCUGAUCAUUAUGGUCAUCAGGAACUCCGAGACCGAUCAAAAGAAUACAUUCGUAAAAAGUUUCUGUGUGUCACCAAAGAACAAGAGUUUCUUCUGUUGACAAAAGACCAACUGAUAAGCAUUCUGGACAGUGAUGAUUUAAAUGUAGACCGAGAAGAACAUGUUUAUGAAAGCAUUGUAAGGUGGUUUGAACAUGAGCAGAAUGAAAGAGAAGUGCACCUUCCAGAAAUUUUUGCCAAAUGCAUACGCUUUCCUCUAAUGGAAGACACUUUUAUAGAGAAAAUUCCACCUCCAUUUGCACAGGCCAUAGCCAAGAGCUAUAUAGAAAAAGGACCACCAAGUAUCAAUGGCUGUACACAGAGACUGGGGAUGACUGCAUCUGAAAUGAUCAUAUGUUUUGAUGCUGCCCACAAACACUCAGGAAAGAAGCAAACAGUGCCUUGUCUAGAUAUAGUUACAGGAAGAGUGUUUAAACUAUGCAAACCUCCAAAUGAUCUAAGAGAAGUGGGGAUUCUUGUAUCACCAGAUAAUGACAUUUACAUUGCAGGAGGAUAUAGGCCAAGCAGUAGUGAGGUGUCCAUCGACCAUAAGGCAGAAAAUGAUUUCUGGAUGUAUGACCAUUCCACCAAUAGGUGGAUAUCCAAACCAUCCUUGCUUCGAGCCAGAAUAGGUUGCAAACUGGUGUACUGUUGUGGUAAAAUGUAUGCAAUUGGAGGCCGUGUCUAUGAAGGUGAUGGUAGAAACUCACUAAAAUCUGUGGAGUGCUAUGAUAGCAGAGAAAAUUGUUGGACUACUGUUUGUGCAAUGCCCGUUGCAAUGGAGUUUCAUAAUGCUGUGGAGUACAAAGAGAAGAUCUAUGUAUUACAGGGAGAAUUUUUCCUCUUCUAUGAGCCUCAAAAAGACUACUGGGGUUUUUUAACCCCCAUGACUGUGCCUAGAAUCCAGGGCUUAGCAGCUGUAUACAAUGACUCUAUCUACUACAUAGCUGGAACCUGUGGAAAUCAUCAGCGUAUGUUUACUGUAGAAGCCUAUGAUGUUGAACUGAAUAAAUGGACUCGUAAGAAGGACUUUCCAUGCGAUGAGUCCAUAAAUCCUUACCUUAAACUGGUACUUUUCCAGAAUAAACUUCAUUUAUUUGUUCGAGCUACCCAAGUAACUGUUGAAGAACAUGUCUUCAGAACCAGCAGAAAAAAUUCCCUUUACCAAUAUGAUGACAUAGCUGACCAGUGGGUGAAAGUGUAUGAGACCCCAGAUCGGCUCUGGGAUCUUGGCCGGCAUUUUGAAUGUGCUGUUGCUAAACUUUAUCCUCAGUGUCUUCAAAAAGUACUUUAAUGAGAAAAAGGCGUUAUUGAGCUUAAUGGCAUCUAGUACUUGAGGAAACUUAGUCUUCUGUGAUAAAAGAAAUGGCAGUAUUGAAGAAAACAUAUAGUUGGUACAUAGAAAUGGGUGCUUGUAAAGAUUACAGUGUAGGAAGGAUUUUUUUUUGUCAUUCUUUUAACAUUUUCAUUUCACUAAGCAAAGGGUAACAAAGUGCAAUUAUCAGAAUAGAAUUUUUUUUCUGGUAUAAAAGUAAUCAUAUUCUAGAUUUUGUGAGACGUAAUCACUGAGAUACCAGAUGAAUUCAACAACUAUGCACUCUUGUAACAUCAGUUAGGGUAUUAUUAGUUAGACACAUUCAAACUAGUUUGAUGUGAAUUUUGUUUUAAAUACGGGUAAAAAUCUGAGGCAAUAUUGCUGGGACUUUAGCUGUGACUUCUCUAGCAUAGAGAAGCACUAACGUAGAUUCGUAUUCUUAAUAUAUAGAUGUAUGUAGAUAUAUUUGUGUACUGUUUUUCAAGAAUACUGAGAUUUAAAUGUGUUCUGUUACUAGAGUGAAGGAAAACCAAAUCAGUCACAGAAAGAGCCUCUAGUUCAUAAUUCCCAUGUAAUUUUAAGUUAAGCUGAAAUCUUAAGUCGAUUUUCUGUUGAUAAUUUUUUAAGUACUAACACUGUUUUGUUUUAAAAUAUCUUGAAAAGGGCUCAAAUUCACAGUUGGCAGGUGCUAGUAUAAGUUAACUUAUGUGUGUAGCUAGGUAGAUUUAAAUUGUCUGAGCCUGUGCUUAUUUUUAAAUUGUUGUUAGUUUUGUUUUGUUUUGCCAGUUUAGAGUACUUUAUUCUUUGAGCUUGUGAUUUCACAAGAUCCUCUACAUGUGCCAGUUGAUAGUUUAAUUGGACUCAGAACAGUAAGUAAAUCAUACUCAGUCUGCACUAACAUGAAAAAUUUUGUUGCUUGGUCUUAUUUUCUACCCUUUAUCCAUUCAUUAUUGGUACAGUGAAAAGUAACUUAUUUCUCUUCCACACAGAGCAUAAUGUGAAGUUUUAUACCUAUUUUUAAGUCUGUUUUCCAGAAAUGCAAACUGUAGUAGUCUAAUGGCUUUUACAUAUAACACUUAAAACCUCAUUAUUUUUUCAGUUUUUGCACUUAAACAGUGAUGAAUAUUUUUACAUUGAAAGUGUUGUCAUAGCUGAAAGUGACUGAGAAGAAACAAAAUGAGUAAACAGA